CUCCCAGUUCUUUCUCUCUCUCUCUCUCUCUCUCUCUCUCUCUCUCUCUCUCUCUCACACACACACACACACACACACACACACACACACACACACACACACACACUCUCUCAAUGAGCUGCACUCUCUGUCUCUCUCUCUCUCUCUCUGUGCACUCUCUCUCUCUCUCACACACACACACACACACACACACACACACACACACACACACACACACACACACACACACACACACACACACACACACACACACACCCCUUGCAUUAUUUAUUAAUUCCCAAGGAAGGAUUGAGCCAGGAUCAACAAGCUUUGAUGAAGUGUGACAGCCCGAGGGAGUGAGAGCCAGCGACAGAGCUGAGACAGACCUGUGACAAAGUCACUCUGAAAACCUUCAAACACAAGACCCUCCAGAAUUUCAGGCUUCCAGAGCCUUCCAGGGGCAACUGUCCUGUAGCUUAUCCAUGUCACCUCUUUCCCUCCCUUUCUGUUCCUCGUGGAUCCUUUGCAGGGAAACCAGAAGAACCCACGAUUUCCAGCACAGUGACUGAGAAAGAGCAGCAGGAGAUCAAACUGUCCCAUAGAGAAAAGCCCAGGGAGUAAUGAUGUUCCCUCUGAUUCCUGACUUUAGUUGUCCUGACGUGGAUGACAAUUCCUACACCUGCCGAGUUGUUGAGCUCUGUAAAGUCUUUCUGAUUAUUCUCUGCAACACUUUGACGCUGUCCCGGAAACCAGCACUUUGCUAUUGAUUGGAUUCCGAUGCUGGGGUAAGAGCUGAUCCAUGGAAACCAACUCUGGUCAGGAUAGAGUCAUCCCAUUGGCUCCCAGUGCCAAGUGAUCAGCCAACCACAACAUCCAUCUGAUGUAUCAAUCAGCUGGAAGAAAUCUCUGGAAUUCCUGAGCCCCUGAGGGUGUGUUCACACUGAGGGCUCCCUCUCGCAUCACGGUCUAGUCAGAACGAUGCCCCUGUUCAGUCUGUUGACACUCCAGGCCCUGUCGCUGAGCCUGGGUCUCGCUGGCCAACACUUCCCGUCCUGGGGUCACUAUGAUCUGUGUAAAACCCAGGUUCACAGGGAUCAGGGGCUGAGCUGGGAUUACAUGGCAUGUCAGCCUGAAGCUGCCCAACUCACCAGGUUUCUGAAGAUCAGCUUGGACCCCCCCAACAGUACAUGUGGGGAGAGCCCCGAGAUGUACUGCACACUGGAGAACCCGUACAUGUGCAACAACGAGUGUGACGCUCGCACGCCUGAGCUCGCACACCCCCCCGAGCUAAUGGUGGAUGAUGAGGGCCGGGUCCCAAACACCUUUUGGCAAAGUGUCUCAUGGAGGCAGUUCCCGGAGCCUCUGGUGGUCAAUCUGACCCUGUCCUGGGGUAAGAGCAUCGAGCUGACCGAGGAUAUUAUCAUCACCUUUGAGUCAGGCCGGCCAGAGCAGAUGGUGCUGGAGAAAUCGCUCGAUCAUGGACGAACGUGGCAGCCAUACCAGUUCUACGCAGCCGACUGCCUCAGCUCCUUUGGCAUGGAAUCUCGGAGAGCGCGGGAUCUGAGUGUCACUUCCGUCCUGGACAUUAUCUGCACCGAGGAGUAUUCUCGGGGCUAUGUGUGGAAGCUGGAGAAGACGGUGCGAUUUGAGAUCCAGGCGCGGUUUGCCCUGUUUGGGGGACCCUGGCUCCGUGAUAUGGCCUCCCUGUACAGCAGCUUGGACACUACCAAGGAGCUGAGGGACUUCUUCACUGUGACUGACCUGAGGCUGCGGCUCCUCCGGCCUGCUACAGGCCCCACCAGUGUCAACCCUCACAACCUCUCCAGGUACUUCUAUGCCAUCUCCAACCUGGACAUCAGGGGCAGGUGUAAGUGCCAUCUUCAUGCCAACAACUGCAUCCUGGAGAGCGGGAGGCUGAGCUGUCAAUGUGAGCACAACACAACAGGCCAGGAUUGUGAAAGCUGCAGGAAUGGUUUCCAAGGGCGGCCGUGGAGAGCAGGCUCCUACCUCCCUAUCCCCAAAGGAACGGCCAAUGUCUGCCUCCCGGACAAAACCCCCAGUGACCACUGUCAAUGUUUCGGACACUCGACCCGGUGCAGUUUCCUCCAGCUGUUCCAUGCUGCUGUUUGUGUGAACUGUAGACACCACACCAGGGGCCGACGCUGCCACUUGUGUCGUUUGGGCUACCAUCGAAACCCUACAGCUCAGCUCCACCAUCACAACAUCUGCUUAGACUGUCAGUGUAACCCUGAUGGCGCUCUGCACCGACGCUGUAAUGACACGGGGUAUUGUAUCUGCAAGUCUGGAGCAACAGGGCCCAAGUGUGACAAGUGUCUGCCUGGAUAUUACUGGCACAGGGGCUGUCGAGCCAGUGUUUGUGAUAACGUGCUGAGCCGGUGUGAGAAUGGGGGAGUGUGUGAGGACAAUGGCCGGUGCUUGUGCCAGCCUCCAUACACGGGAUUGCUGUGUGAGAAACACCAGUGCAGGAAGGGCACAGGAGCCUGUGUCUCACACUCACCCCAAGAACCAAGCUUCCACAGCCUGCUGCUCUCCCUCACUGCCCUGCUCAUCACUGCUAACGACCAUGGGCCCCUCUGAGCAGCUGCCAGCCCCCAGAGCCUCACGGGAUGGUGCAGAAAAUACAGCAGAAUCCAGACUUCCCUCCCUCAGCCAGACUAUCCCAGGGAAAAACUAACUGGAACUAAUGCCAAAUACAUCCCAGAUCCUGGACACAGCCAGGAGUCACCAGGAUGUGGAGUGAGAGAAUUUCCCAGGGGAACUGAGACAGCAGCUCAUCUCCAUUCUCCAAUCACAACAACCCUGGGGCCGACUCCGAGGCAAACAAACAGAGGAGCUGCAUUUAAAUAGCACCUUUCACCAGCUCAGGAUGUGCCACAGCAUUUUCCAGCCAAUCAAGGACUUUUCAGCAAAUAACAAGCUGUCGAUGAUGUGAUAAUCUGUUUGUGAAGUUGUUUAAGGGAUAAGUCUCGGCAAAGACUCUCUGGGAUAUCACCUCCUGCUGUUCUUUAAAGCUGCAACAGGCUCCACCUGAAAGGUCAGCCUGAGGCUCCAGUUUAACACCUGGUGCAGCUCUCUGACCAUUUCGCUCUCACUGACCAAUUCGCUUUCUCUAGCCGAUUCGCUCUCACUGACCGAUUCGCUCUCCCUGGCCAUUUCGCUCUCACUGACCGAUUCGCUCUCUCUGACCGUUUUGCUCUCAACUGACCGUUUCCCUCUCCCUGGCCAUUUCACUCUCAACUGACUGCUUCAUUCUCACUGACCGAUUCGCUCUCACUGGCCAUUUCGCUCUCACUGACCGAUUUGCUCUCACUGACCGAUUCACUGUCACUGACCGAAUCGCUCUCACUGACGAUUUGCUCUCAACUGACCGUUUCGCUCUCCCUAGCCGUUUCACUCUCAACUGACUGUUUCGUUCUCACUGACCGAUUUGCUCUCCCUCGCUGUUUCGCUCUCCCUGGCCGUUUCACUCUCAACUGACUGAUUCCCUCUCACUGACCGAUUCUCUGUCACUGACCGUUUCGCUCUCACUGACCGAUUCGCUCUCACUGACAGAUUCACUCUCACUGACCGAUUCUCUGUCACUGACCGUUUCGCUCUCACUGACCGUUUCGCUCUCACUGGCCUUUUUGCUCUCACUGACCGAUUCGCUAUCACUGACCAUUUCGCUCUCACUGACCGAUUCGCUCUCAACUGGCCGUUUCAAUCUCAACUGACCAUUUCGUUCGCACUGACCGAUUUGCUCUCACUGACCGAUUCGCUCUCACUGGCCAAUUCUCUCUCUCUGACCGAUUCGUUCUCCCUGGCCAUUUCACUCUCAACUGACCGUUUUGCUCUCACUGACCGAUUUGCUCUCUCUAACCGAUUCGCUCUCACUGACCGAUUCGCUCUCAACUGACUGUUUCGUUCUCACUGACCGAUUCGCUCUCACUGGCCAUUUUGCUCUCUCUGGCCAAUUUGCUCUCACUGACCGAUUCGCUCUCUCUAACCAAUUCACUCUCUCUGGCUGUUUUGCUCUCACUGACCGAUUCGCUCUCUCUGGCCAGUUUGCUCUCAAUGACCGAUUUGCUCUCACUGACCAUUUCACUCUCUCUGGCCAUUUCGCUCUCACUGACCAUUUUGCUGUCACUGACCUAUUUGCUCUCACUGACCUAUUUGCUCUCACUGACCGAUUCGCUCUCACUGACCGUUUUGCUCUCACUGACCGUUUCACUCUCUUGAUAUUCUCCUCAAGAUUCGUUUCUGUGAAUCGCGGUAUGUCUUGACGACUGUAUCUGUCAGCUGGUAACUCCCAGCGAAGGCACUCAGCACUCAUUCCCUUCGAGUUUCCUGGGUACAGCUUUCCCUGUUCCUCAUCCCACAACACUGGGGUAGUGAGUCAGAAAUCCACACACAUUACAAAAGUGAAAGAGCAUAGAGACUCCUCCAAUGUACCUGUUCCUUAGGCCCAGGUUGAUGGUAAUUUUUACUAGGUAUUUGUACUUAACAAAAAAUACUAUAUAUUACAAACAAAUAGGCUCAAACUUCUGAUAGACAAUUAUGAAUCAUCAAACUAUAGCUCAACUAGUUACUCAAAUUAUUUAUUAACAACUUAGAUAAUGGUGUAAGAAUUUACAGAUGGAACAUAUAUAUAAAAACUUGCAGUGAUCAUAAGGCCAUAAGACAUAGGAAUGGAAGUAAGGCCAUUUGGCCCAUCAAGUCCACUCCGCCAUUUAAAUCAUGGCUGAUGGGCAUUUCAACUCCACUUCCCUGCACUCUCCCCAUAGCCCUUGAUUCCUUCUGAGAUCAAGAAUUUGUCGAUCUCUGCCUUGAAGGCAUCCAACGUCCCAGCCUUCACUGCACUCAGCGGCAAUGAAUUCCACAAGCCCACCACUCUCUGGCUGAAGAAAUGUCGUCUCAUUUCAGUUUUAAAUUUACCCCCUCUAAUUUUAAUGCUGUGCCCACGGGUCCUAGUCUCCCCGCCUAAUGGAAACAACUUCCCAGCGUCCACCCCUUCUAAACCGUACAUUAUCUUGUAAGUUUCUAUUAGAUCUCCCCUCAACCUUCUAAAUGCUAAUGAGUACAAUCCCAGGAUCCUUAGCAGUUCAUCAUACAUUAAACCUACCAUUCCAGGGAUCAUCCGCGUGAAUCUCCGCUGGACACACUCCAGCGCCAGUAUGUCCUUCUUGAGGUAUGGGGCCCAAAAUUGGACACAGUAUUCUAAAUGGGGUCUAACUAGAGCCUUAUAAAGCCUCAGAAGCACGUCGCUGCUUUUAUAUUCCAACCCUCUUGAGAUAAACGACAACAUUACAUUCGCUUUCUUAAU